AUGGCUGCUUCCGUAAAGCGUGUCAAAAAGGGCUGCGAGCGAGAUCUUCUGGACAGGUGUUCCGUCAGCCUCUUCUUUUUCACUGGAAGCGCAAGGAUACCCGGGAGUGCCCAAGAGCUGGCCAAUACAUGCGAAGAAGAGCAAAAAGACAGGCAGUGCGUCACAGACUACACCCAGACAUGCCUGGAGGGCAUCCCAAGGGGCAUGGUGCAACUCGUGCUUGAUGGCUCCAGCACCGUCGGCAGGGAGAAGUGCACGGUCGGCAGCCCUGGACACACACGGUACAUGAAGCACGCCGAGUGCCUCAACACCGCCGGCGACAAGAUCCAUCGCUGCAUGAAGCGGCUAACGGGGAUUCUCGAGGCCAGCGCUGAACACCACGAGAGGAAGCACAAGAUCGGACUGGCGUGCUGCUCGUUCGGCGGCUACCGACAGUGCAUCGUGGACGCGGUGAAGGGCAGUUGCGACGACAGUCACGUGGCAUACGCGCACGAGCUGAUCGAGACCUACGCGGGAGUGCUCCUCGACACAGUGUGCAUCAACUACAAGGCCGAGGACGAGUCGUGCAGAGGCCUUCCGACCCUGCUGCCCAAGGAUGCGCCAAGGUCACUGUCGCCGAUCCCACCGCUCACCGACGUGCUCCAGGUCUUCGUCUGAAAGGAACACAUCAACAACUCUUGGAGGCCGUGGCACGAGCGUCCUUGCUGCUCUCCACUCCGGACAAGUCAACAGUGCCCCGAGAACAGCCGACGCCAUUGUCGCCUGCUUGUACUUGCCUAUGCGCACUGCUGUUCCCCGAAAAAGGUUCAUCAAGGAUGACUGCGGA